UUUAGCCGCCGCGUGCGCUGGGGGUGUCCUUGUAUCCAUGGAAACUGGCAGCAGCAUCCUCGCGCUGAUCAGCAGCUCCGGCCGCGCAUGGAUAUCAGCGCCUUCAAAAUGGCGAAACGACGACAGACGGCCGGGGUGCUGCUGCUCUGCUCGCUGUGUUGCUCAACAUUAGCUGUUAUACUCAGAACUACAUCUAAAAGUGUGUGGGCCACUGAAUUUGAGCCAAUUGAGCUGACGUGCCUGAUAGAGUCCAUAUCCACAAACAAUCCCAGAAUCGAAUGGAAGAAAAUUAAAAAUGGGGUCCCCAGUUAUGUGUACUUCCAAAAUAAAAUAUCAGGUGAUCUGGAGCACAGAGCGACGUUGAGAGAGCCUGCAAACCUGCUGAUCCUGAACACCACCAGAUCGGAUAGCGCUCAGUAUCGAUGUGAGGUGGCCGCUAUUGAUGACCAGAAACCCUUUGAUGAGAUCGUGAUCAGUCUGUCUGUUAGAGUGAAGCCUGUAACACCGAGAUGCACUGUGCCAGAGUCUGUCACUGUGGGCUCCACCACAGAGCUGCGCUGUGUGGAGAAUGAGGGCUACCCACCAUCUCAGUAUCAGUGGUUCCGCAACAACGAGGAACUGCCCGAUGACCCCAAAACCAGCACACGCUUCAUCAACUCUUCAUAUGUCAUGAAUACCGACACUGGCUCUCUGAAAUUUAGGACGGUAAAGAAGGAGGAUGCAGGCGAUUACCACUGCCAGGCACGAAAUGAGGCUGGGUACUCCAAAUGCGAGGCACAGCUUAUGGAAGUCUACGAUCAGGACAUCAUGGGGAUUUCUUUAAAGGUUCUGGGAGGAGUGACUGCACUUAUUCUUGUUACAGUGGGGCUCUGUCACAUUCAGAAACACGGCUACUGUUCCUGCAAGGACCACAGAGAAAACAAUUAUAAAGUCCCUCAACACAACAGCACCAUGGAUUACGUCAGCACAGAUGAGGGACAUUUUCGCCACAAGUCCUCUUUUGUCAUAUGACCAAGAAGUGAAAUUGAAGACACAGGAGAGCCACGAGUUUGGACUUUGUGAGCGCAGUGCCACACAUACGAGCCAUCACUUUGUGCAUUUUUUUCAGAGGUGCAGGAACAUAAGCUUCUUAUCUUGCCAAAGUCGUUAUUAUCGGAACAGACAGUUAAAGAGUUACAAUCCUCUGGGGACGUUUUAUUCCCUUUAUUAUCAUUUUCAUACUGGACCUUUAACCAGACUCUAUCAGCAUCUAUCUUGCAGUCUGUACACUGUAUCAGGACUGCGCUGUGGAUUACACUCGUACUCGUAGUUAGAAAUAUCCAGCGGAGAGAGAGAGGAAGAGAGAUGAAGUUAGGUUAGAGUAGAUGGAGAAGAAUGUUUUUGAGUCAGAUAAGUGACGGAGCCGUAGUUCAAAUCCCUUUCAGCCACAGACAAAGUUUACAACCCAGCAGUCUUUCAAGAACGCUGAACUCGAAUAAAGCGAUGACUGUACACUGGAGGAAUGUGCAGAGCGAGAGGCUGAGAAGCCGGAGCAGCGGUGAAUUACAGCACAGAUGGUGCUGAUUUCUGCUGUUGGGGAAACCUAAAUUGCUCUGAGCUUCUGCUGCAUCGUGCUACUUAAAACAGAUCAGAGCACUAAAGAGGAUGGGUCAGUCAGUCAGUCAGUGAGGUAAAUAAUAAUACCACACUCAGACGCACUCAAUCUUUUUGACUCAGCGAAUCAGUCAAAUCAGUCAAGAAGCCAGUGUGUACACGUGUGUGUACAAUGCCAUGCCAUGACUGUUCUCUAUAUGCGUCAUUUUUUGAUAAAGAGAUUUGAUGGGAUGUGGUAUAAAGGUUACAUGUUGGUGUUUUGGUGAUAGUUGUACAGGUAUUAAAUUUAAGACGUAGAAUUUAGUUUAGUUGGAGGUUCAAUCAAAAAGUGUGUGUAAAGUCUAUAUACUUGGUUGUGCUAAAUGACACAAACCUAUUAUUAUUUUUAUUAAUAUUAUUAUUUCAAUUUCAUUGUUUCAUUUUUGAAAUAAUUCUAAAGAUGCAGAUUAUGCACUUAGGUUUUUUUCAGAGUGCUAUCUCUGUGUUUAAGUGACCUUCUGUACUUGAUAAUUGUUUAUACAUUUUUGGACAUAUUGUCCAGGUUUUGGACUGUGUUAUUGUUUGACUCUGUUCGUGGUAUGUGGUUGUAUUGAAGCUCACUCUAACGGAAUUGAUGGAAAGAUUGUGGGCCGUUAUGAAUAAAUAAGGGAUUUAUGUAUGUUCAGUCAUUUUAGUUCUCUUUCAUUUUUUUCUGGUUGUUUUUUUUUGUCCCUAUGAAUUCUAAUUGAAUUAAAGGAGUGGUUUGGAAGAAUAAAUCGAUUUACACAACCUUUUCUCAUCUUAUAUGUAGUCAGUCAGCCAAGAAGACAUGCUUUAGGUCUAAAUCUUGCUUUCUCGGUUGUGCCCUAAAGGGAUGCAAAACAAGUAUUUUGCAUGUUUGCUCUUUGACUACAUCUGGAGUAAGGAAAAAUAUAUUAUUAUAUAAAAGUGUAUAAAUUAGAGUUUUCUAUUAAACCAAUCCUGACUAGUAUUUCAAUCACAGUAUAAAACACCUAUUCACACCAAGGUCUAAGUUUUCAGAUGAAGUUUUAGUGGAAACUUCACACCAAGUCAUGUCCACAGUUUUUUUUUUUCCUUUGGUGCUGUCAACUUUACAGCUCUUGUACAUUUGCACUCUCUCUCUUUUUAUCUGCUUUGCUCCAAAAGUGGAAUAAAGUUAUUCAAAAGCAGUGUGUAAGAUUGGUGGAGGAGAACAUGAUGCCAAGAUGCAUGAAAACUGAUUAAAAAACAGAGUUAUUCCACUAAAUAUUGAUUUCUGAACUCUUAAAACUUUAUGAAUAUGAACUUGUUUUCUUUGCAUUAUUUGAGGUAAAAAAGCUCUGCGUUUUUAUUUUGUCAUAUUAGCUUUUUUUCCAUAAACAAGAUAAGAUGCCCCACCCCCCAACCACAGUAAUGCUUAUUUGUUUUAAUGCAUCUAUACAGUGUUUCAAACUCAGUGUAAAGGACAUCAUAAAUAUACAAUACACAAAUAUUCAUUUAGAAAAUAUUUAACAUUAAAAUUGGACUUGGUAUGAAUAGGCUUUUUGCUAUUUUUUCCCAGGAGACUGUUUGUUUUUGCUAACAGAGAUCAGUGCACCUGUGGACCUAAGGCCAACAACUGUAAUAAUGUUCCUUAGCUUUACUAUUCACAACGAGCUACUAUCGACUGUUACCUUGUAAAGCUCUCUUAAAUAAUUAAGAUAGAACAUAUAUAAAUACACUAGUCUUCCAUCGUAGCACGUCAUAGCAGUAAGAUGGACCUUUCAGUACGAGUGCUGUAAAAACGCACCUAGAGAAGAGCUUAAGCCUUGGUUCAGUCAGCGCAGUGUGGAUAUUUCUAAAAUUAGACUCUUGGAGCUUCAACCAGAUCGACAGUGUUGUGUCCUGAAGGGUCAUGCCAAACUGUCUGAUUUUAUUCCCGUCGGAGUCUCUGUGGGAGAAUAAUCUUGAAAAUGCAUGACUAAGUAGAAUGAUGCCAGAUGAAUAACGUAAAAAAGAACAUAUGCUUAGUUAUUUAUUAAAAAACAUAGAAAUCUAUAUCUAUAUAUAUACAGUAUAUAAUCUCACCACAACUGCCUGUUUGAUACUAAAAUAUUUUGCUGUGUAUUAUCAGAGUAUUAUAGUAUUUAUCACUCUUUUCUUAACCACUGUGUGCCAGUUUUAUGGACAGUGCUGGUAUUAAAGUUGGAUUUGCUGCUUGAUAUAUUAACGUGUUUGGCCUAAAAGGUGCAUUAUCGGCCAAAGCUAUUCCUUAGAGCCACAAUAAUUUCAAUCAUAUAUCGACUGAAUCAAUAAACACCACAACUUGGGAUAUUAUAUGUGACAUUCCAGAUAUAAUUAAGUGUUGAAUGUAUGUCAUUUACAUAACAAAUUCACAAGCUUAACUGUUGUCCAGUUCAUUUUGUAUUGUAAGUAGUGUGUAUUGUUUUAUGUGGUGUCUGGGGAGGGGAGAGUGGUAUUGUAUUAUAUGAAUAGCAUUAAACCAUUGUACAAUGAAUAUGUAUUCAGUCUCUAUACAGUCUAGAUUCUAAUAUUACUCAGGAACAGUUUAAAACAAGUAACCGUUUCUGUAUGUUGUGAAAGGUUCAAAUCUGUUUUACUUUCUUUUAAUUUUAUUAAUAAACACGUUGAAAUUGAA